AUGUCGCGCUUCCAAGCAGCUGUAGAAUCGAUUGAGAUGAAAGGCCUCGGGUACUCUGCCCAAGCAGCGUGGCUCUUGGACCAAGUUUUGAAGGCUACCAAAGACCCGAAUGCGAGUACUCAAUUAAACCAACUCGAUGAGCUUGGUGCUUUAUUGCAAGCCUUGCUGGGGUCUCUGUUGGAACAAUGUCAGGAUGUUUGGGGCGUGCUUUGUGGGGCCACUGCAGUUGCUAUUAGGGCCCUCUUCACACUGCACUGGAACCUUUCGAGUCAACCUGCUCAGUCCUUUUCUUCAGAAUUGGAAGAAUGGAGGCGAAAGGCUUAUGAUACAUUAGACACAGUCUCUACUAUGGUGAUUGACAUUAACAAUACACAUGAGAAUAUAGCCCCCACACCUGAUUGA